GAUGGUCGUGCUUCUUCGUCGUGAACCCCGGUGGAUAAUCCUAGUUGACGAGACCUCCGCAACCAGACUCACCGUCAUUGUCAACGGCCUCAUCCGCAUCACGUCCCCGGCGCCCAGGAACGCGUCGCAGGCCAUGCCGUCGCCUGGCGCCGCCACGCCGCCGGGCCAGACCGUGGCAUAUAUCCAGCCGGGGACCCUGUCGUCGUCGGUCGUCAUCGCGGCGGACCCGCGGAACGUGAGCGUGCACGCCGGCCACUUCACCGAGUUCCCCGGCGACGAGCCGACGGUGCUGGUGCAGGUGCCGUUCGCCGGGAACGCGGCGCCGGAGCACACUGUUGUGGGGGACGGGCCGUGUGAUAGGGGGACCUGGGCGUUCUGACGGGCCC